AUGGUUUCCGAUGAAGCAACUAUAUUCACCAGUAAAAAUUUCAAGAAGUUUUGCCAAUCAGCAGGAAUUUUUCAAAAAUUUAUCGCACUGGGACACCCAGCUACAAAUAGAUUAGCGAAACGUAACGUUCAAACCCUUCAACACAGACUUGCUGCUAUGGCUAGUGAACCUUUUUCUAUGCGACAGAAAGUUCGUGAGAUACUUUUUCGUUAUCAAGCAACACCACUGUCUAUUGGGAGCUAUUCAGAGCUAUUUCUUAAUCGACAGAUUCGUAUUACACUGGAUGCUUUGAAACCCGUUCAUCAUGAAAAAUCAGCACUAUCAAAUGAAAAGCCACGACAAUUUAGUGCGGGAGAAAGAGUUCAAGCAAGGUAUUACACAAAUAAUAAACAGUUAUGGAAGACGGGAGAAGUUAUCAAGAGAUUUGGGCUUCUUCACUAUCAAGUGAAACUCGAUGAUGAAUAUUCUUUGAAGAGACAUAUUGAUCAGAUAAGAUCGUCCAACUUGCCUAAAAGUAAAUCCGUCUUUUUCGUACCUGAAGUAGAAGUUACUUAUGAAGAUGAAUCAAAACAGCCCAUUAUAACUGAUUUGUUGACGAUUCCAGUGCAAGAUAAACAGGCCAAUCAACCUGACAAUAUCCAAAAUGAGGUGUUUGAACCAGCUCAAGGUGAAGUACCUGAUGAUAAAAUACCUCAUCCACCAACCAACAUAACAGAGUUGAGAAGAUCAUGCCGCCCUGUUGAACUUCCAUCGUGCCUCAAUGAUUAUAUAGUUGAAAGAAAGUAA